AUGACGACGAAACGCUGGAAAACGCCAAUCGAUGAAUUAAAAAAUAGGCCGUUUCCUAAGACGGCGGGCUGUCUGAUAAUUGGUGAUGAGAUUUUAAACGGCAAGACGCCUGAUACGAACUCGAAUUUCUUUGCCAAGUUCUGUUUUAAUCUUGGAAUUGAUUUGAAACGGAUUGAGGUCAUUCCGGAUGAUGAAGAGACUAUAAUCGAAGCUGCAAAACGCUUUAGUAGUUCUUAUGAUAUGGUAGUCACGAGUGGUGGAAUAGGUUCAACUCAUGAUGACAUUACCUACCCAUCUCUCGCUCGCGCAUUUAAUCUUUCUUUAGUCUAUCACCAGCCAACGUUGGAUCGAAUGGUAAAUUACAAAUCCGAACCAAGUGAAGAGGCUGUUAUCGCCCGUAAACGCAUGGCGCUCUUUCCAACGCCCUCAAUCGUUGUCUACCCUCUGGAAGAAUACUGGGUUCCCAUUGUUAUUGUCAAUGAAAACGUUCACAUACUUCCUGGUCUCCCUAGUUUGUUCCAGAGUCUCCUAUCAGAAUAUGCUAAAUAUUUGAACGUUGUAGAGGAUAAUGGCUUUGUGAGAGCUUUUGUGAAAACCACUGUGCAAGAAUCUUUUAUUGCUCCUGUUCUUGCUAGAGUUCAGGAGGAUGUGAAGAAGAUGGAUAUAAAGGUGGGUAGUUAUCCAAAAUGGAAAGGCAGUAGACGGUGGGUUAUCGUUAGUCUUCUGACAAGGAGAAAACAGAAAGAGCUUGUCGAAAGAUUGGCAAAAGAAGUUGCGAAAGAGAUUGAUGGAGUUGUUGUUGAUGAUCCCGAUGCUUGA